UGAUAAGGUGCUGGUAGGUUCUAUUGACUGGGUGGACCGAAGGGGCAUGAUUGAAAAUGUGUUCGAGAGAAAUUCUGAGAUACUUGAUCCUCCGGUUGCUAAUGUGGACCAUUUGCUGGUGUUUUUCUCGCUUGAACAACCUAAGCUUGAGCCGUUUUCACUCACUCGCUUUCUGGUGGAAGCUGAGUCAACUGGGUUACCUGUCACGCUAGCACUGAACAAGACUGAGCUUGUGGAUAAAGAGACUCUGGGUUCAUGGAAGUCUAGGCUACGCAGCUGGGGUUAUGAACCACUAUUUUGCAGUGUCGAAUCCGGACAUGGGAUUGAUCUUCUUGCAUUCAAGUUAAGGGAUCUAACAACCGUAAUUGUGGGUCCAAGCGGUGUUGGGAAGUCUAGUUUGAUCAAUGCUCUUAGAAGCAAGAACAAUCCUGUUUCGAAUGGUACAGACGAGGAUAAUUGGUUUGAACCUAUUUUAGGCAGCAAGUUGUUUGAAAGUCAGCGUGGGGAGGUUUCAACAAGAAGUGGCAGAGGAAGGCAUACAACUCGCAAUGUUUCUCUGCUUCCGUUAUCUGGAGGGGGUUUUAUCGCCGAUACUCCUGGAUUUAACCAGCCUAGCUUAUUGAAAGUGACAAAGCAAUCACUUGCCCAAACUUUUCCGGAAAUUCGGAAAAUGCUUAGUGCCAAUGAGCCUGCAAAAUGUUCAUUCAACAAUUGCUUGCAUCUUGGUGAACCUGGAUGCAUCGUGAAAGGGGACUGGGAAAGAUACCAAUACUAUUUUCAACUUGUUGAUGAAAUUAGAAUCAGAGAAGAGUUCCAGCUAAGGAUUGGAACAAAAAGAGAAGGAGAUAUAAGGUACAAGGUGGGAGACAUGGGUGUCCAGAAAGCAGAACCACGACGACCCAAGAAGCAUAGGAGGCAGUCUCGGAAGAGGAUUAACCAAUCACUUUUAGACGAGUUGGAAGAAGAGCUAGAUGACGACGACAAUUUGCUUGAUGAAGAGAGUGAUCCUGUUUAGGCUCUGAAGAAUGAAGACCCGUAGAACAUGAAACACAUCGCAAUAGGCAUUGUAAAUAGUUCUUUUUGCUUGAUCAAGCUGUAAAAAUGACAUUAACAAAACCAUUUGCAAACUCCUUUUCACUUUGCCACCUUUCUUA